GAAACCUAUGAUUUCCGCAGUUAAAAUAGAAUAUAUGAGGAGAUAAUGGAUACUGCUGAAAAUGCGGAUUUAAAUUUGGUGGAAAAUAGGGAUUUUUUGAGUUCAGAAAAUUUGACAGUUAAUUCUCAGAAUGAUGAUGAAAAAUCAUAUGAAAAUGAAGGGAAAGAUAUUUAUUUUGAUAAGAAAUGUAAGGAGGAUAAUGGGAAUGUUCCUUUUUUUGCGAAAAAACCAAGAAGAUCGAAUAAUCCUCUUCAUAUUUUGAUUCAAGAAUGUUCUCGACAAUAUAUUUUGAAUUUUUUGAGUAAAAAGUCAGAAUCUUGUCAGAGACAGCUUAUUUCAGAUUUUGAUAAGCUUAAAGAUGAUUUGAAAUUAUUUUGUAAUCAUGACGUUCUUGAAAGUGCAAAGGAAUCUAUAAUUUCUCAGAAUGAAAAAUUCCAAUAUGAAGAUAUUAAUUUGGAUUCUGAGAUAAUAAAUCUUCGGUUUGGUGAAAAGGAUGCUGUUAUAAAAUCUUUUUCGGAUGCUAUUGAUGAAUUAUAUUAUGAAAAUAGCAAAAAAACUACAGAUGUUACACAGGAAUUGGAAUUAGAUAGUGAUCUAGAUAAGUCUUUAAAAAUUUGGUAUGAACUUACAGCAUCAAAUCAUUUAAAAGAUGAAACAAAAUGUUUUUUGAAAAAUGUUCCUCGUGAACCCAAAAAUAUGGAGCAAAAGCGAAAUAUCUCUCGCAAUCGUCAACGUUUUCGUUAUCGUGAUAAGAAAUAUGCAAAAAAUGCAGAAAAUUCUCAUUCUGUUCAUUAUGGUGAUUCUCGCCGGGGACGAGGACGAAAAGAAAUGAGGGAAAAGUUCAGAGGUUUACAGAAAAAUCAUAAUAAUUCUAGUAAGGGUUCUUUGUCUAUUCAAAAGAAUUCCAAUGAAAAUUCUCUUAAUAAUUCUGCUAAUUUUGUUCCUGGAUAUGUUCAUCCUAACUUUCAGCAUCCUGGUCUCCCAUAUAAUAAUUAUGCACAACAGAAUUAUAUAGAUUAUAAUCAUAUUCAAAUGUCAGCAAAUCAUACCUCAUAUCCGGUACAAUAUAAUAAUGCAUAUUACAAUUAUAUAAGCCCUCAGAAUGUUCAGUAUGGGGCAUCAUUAAUGAAUAAUCAAUACCAGAAAGUGAAAAAUUAUUCAGAAAUUAAUCAAUCUAAUCUUCCUGUAUCUCAGAAUUCUCAAGAAAAUAUUUCAUUUACUUCAGAUCAACAAGGAAGACAUCAGCAUUUGCCUCUUCCUUCAGAUUUUAUGCUUGGACCGACAGAUGGUGCAAGAAUUGUAAUGCCAGAACCUCAUUAUGUAUUGGGUGUUAUUAAAGGCAUGGUUAUUAGAGAUGGACAAGGAAAUUUUGGGAUAAGUAAAUAUUCAUUUAUUCCAAUUUAAAGACUACAAAUUUCAGAAAAGUAUGAAA